AUGUCCCGGCAUUCGAAGCAUUCCAAUGACCGGAUGUUCUUCACGGCGAAAGAACGUGCCGAUGCCGGAUAUUCCAAAACACGAAAGGAAGUCAUGGGCACCGACUGUUUCCUGCCAUUCGGCUUCUGUGCCCUAACUCUGAAGGCCCCGAAGGACCCGGUUGCUACGCCUGAUGGCCACAUCUUUGAUCGGGAAGCCAUCUUGGAAUAUUUGCUGCAGCAGAAGCUUGACAUCCAGGCAGAGCAGAAGAAGUUUGAGGAGCAGGAGAGGCAGCGCGAACAGAGACUCCUGUCUGCAGACAAAGAGGUGCAAUUGAAAGAGCUGGAGGCCUUCACAAACGCUGAGCAGGGCUUGCUCUCGCAGGACCACAGACACAAACGGGCCUUAGAACAGGCUGAUGCCGUCCGAGAAGGUGUGCCCGAAAAGAAGCUGAGAAGGGGCGAGCUGUUGGUGGUUGAUAAGAGUCAGCUGAGAGCCAAGAGCUUCUGGACCAAGGAGUUCACGCCUACAGCUGCGCCAACAGAAGUCAAGAAAGUCGACGCGACGACUAGAUGUCCGAUGACUGGCAAGAAGCUGAAGGUGAAGGAUCUCAUUCCUGUGAAAAUGGACAUCGCGGAUCAAAAACUGAUGGACCAGGGCGGAGGCAAAGGCGUGUACUGCUGUGCGGUAUCCAAGAACGCCAUCAUCCAUCAGCAGGCACUUCUUCUGAAGCCCAGCGGAGUGGUCAUUCUGGAAAGCGUCUGGAAGGACAUAGUUAGCAAAGAAAUGAAGUGCCCAGUCACCGGAAAGAAGUUGCGAGGUGAGGAGGAUCUCUUAAAGCUGGAGCGUGGAGGUUCUGGCUUCAGCGCCCACAACGAUGUCGAAGCAAAGUCCUUCACCAUGAUCCGGAGUGCGACUGGCGACAACCGAACGCAAGCAGGGCAUUUGCCCAGAGCGGGCUAUGCGGGACUUCACUGA